GUGGUGGGGCCCGGCUGACCGUGAGUCUGUCCUUUUUAUUUAAUUUUUGUGUUUUUGUUUUUUCUUUCUGCCUUUUGUUCCCGCUUCUCUGCCUGCUGUUUUUUGUUUUUGUUUUUUCCCUCUCCCUCAUCUCCAAUGCCAGCUGACCGCCCACACCUGCUUCCUGUGUACAAUCAACCGGCUCAUUCUCCACACCUGCCAGCCUGCUCUCGCUCCCGCCUUCCACACCUGUCUGCCAUCAUCAUCACUACCAGUAUAUCUACUCCGGCUCUUCACUCCAGUCUUCACCUGAUCGUUGUCGCUACUACCUGGUUCCACUCCGGUCAGCUGGCUCCUGGCUCCCCUCCUGGUCCUCCUCCCUCGGCGCCCCCCUUCAUCCAUCCUAUCUGCUGCAACGCGUCGGUCUCCGACCCCCACUGCCUUCUCCUCAGCCACCUACUCCCCGGACUCGCCCUCCUGCCUCUCCCGUUUCGCCAUCCUCCUUCCCUGCCUUCGCUCCCGGCCCCCUCAGGACUCAACCCCGGCAUUCCCCGCACCAUCCAUCUGCCCUCACUGGUUCCCUGGCUCCCAUCCCCGGGUCUCGCACCUCCGUCCUCCCACUCCCCUUUUCCUCUCCUUCCCCUUAAUAAAUAACGUUACUUUGAGCUGUGCGUUUGGGUCCGUCCUUCCCCG